CCAUGCUUUUGGUAUCUCCUAAAACCGGAGCGUUGUGCAUCUUCCCACUCAUCUCUGAAUCUUGUUUCUAGCGUCGUUUCUAUAGGACGGAAUCAGACGGAACUGUUUUACGGUAUUAUAUUUACAUUCCAAAAGUGUUAAAAAAUCUGAUUUAUCAAAAUGACUAUGGCAAUGUUGCAGCGUAGAGCUAAUGUAAGGCUACCACCUGAAGUAAAUAGGGUAUUAUACAUAAGGAAUCUACCAUACAAAAUCACAGCUGAAGAAAUGUACGAUAUUUUUGGAAAGUACGGUGCCAUUAGGCAAAUCCGAGUAGGAAAUACUGCAGAAACCAGAGGUACAGCAUUCGUCGUAUACGAAGACAUAUUUGAUGCAAAGAAUGCUUGUGACCACUUGAGUGGUUUUAAUGUUUGCAAUCGUUACUUAGUUGUAUUAUAUUAUCAAAGUAAUAAGGCAUUCAAACGUGUGGAUGUUGACAAGAAGAUGGAAGAAAUUGAUAAACUUAAAACAAAAUAUAAUUUAAACGAGGAAAAAAAAUGAGAAACAACAGAAAUUGUUUACAAAAGUGAAACUGAAAGUUUUGUUCUCAUAAAGCUAAUGAAUCUAAAUUGAUGAACAUGAUACAAAAUAAUCUUAAUGACAAACUAUGAUAUCGGACAUUACAGUAAGUUUGUAAAAAUAAUUAUAAUUGUUAGCAAUAUAAUAAUACAUGGCUGAAUAAAUUUGUACAUAAGAUUCUAAA